UCCCGGCUGUUGAACACACGCACACGAUUGCAGCAGUUAUGCGUCUUCUCACGGCUUUGGAGGUCUUUCCAAACGCGGAGGCAGAGAGAACGGGGGAAUACGACAGCUCAAUGACCACAUCUUAAUAUCAUGAGAGCAUUCAGUACUAUUCGAACAAAAAACAUUUAGGAUUCCGUCUACCGCAUGCCGUAUGGGGAUCAGGAAGUCAUUGUGUUCAUCAGUGGUCAACAAAAUGAGACGAGCAUGGAAGGAAGGAAAGGAGAAUUUAAGCAAGGUUAAAGAAAAACGGUCCAUAAAAAUAUAAAAUUGUUCAUUUUUUUCUGCCGGAGAAUUUGUUCAGUUUCUGAGUCUUAAUAAGAUACCGAUAACACUGCACUGAGAGCCAGUAGACCAGGGGUCGGCAACCCUGAUCCUGGAGAGCCGCAGGGUGUGCUGGCUUUCGUCUCCACCUUAAAAUAAGCAACGGAUUCAGACCCAAGAAACCAGGUGAGAGAGCAUGGCCUGUGCGUUGGGCUGGACGUGGGACUAAUGUCGUCUCUUCGCUGUGCUGAGCCCAUAGACGCCACUGCAAUGCUCCAGGAAAACAACAACAACAACUACUCCUGCCUGGAGAGAGCUUGCGAGAGCAGGGAGGUCCUCCAGGAGCGGGAAAGGGGCGUCCUGCCAUUCGCCAAGAUACUGGAGAUGGGCUCUUUCCCAGAGCUGGGGGACAUCACCCGGCGGGCCCCUGUCAGGGGCUUCAGGGCGUGGGCGAUGAGCAGUGUGUGUGCCAGGAGCCGGAGGAGGGCCGCUUUGCCCCCGGCGAACCCAGCGCCUUUCCUGAAGAAGCCCGACGCCACGGAGAAGCAUGCGGCAGGAGAGGGGCGGCCGCAGGCGGGCCGGCUGGCCCCGGGGGGACCCGGCGUGGGCCUGGGACUCCAGCUUGACACCGGCUCCUGGAACAGAUGUCGUGGGAGCAGGCAAGGCACCCUCGGAGCCCUGGUGACCGUGGCGACGCUGACGGCCUCGGAGAGGGGCGGGCAGACGCAGACGCAGUGCUUCCUGCUUCAGGCGAAGGGGCAGAGCUACCUCUGCACCGCCGGGAGACACAGGGCCCCCCCGCCCCGGCUUUUCGCCAAGCUCACCCCUGCCCCAGCAGCACACGGGCUGGGGGAAGCCGCUUCCUCUGACAAGCCUCGCGAUAGCAGAAAGGCUAACAAACAAAGGGAGGGGAAGGACAAGCCAAGGCCCGUCAGAAAAUGGCGGACAUCCUGCGAGGUGGCUUUCUCCGUCAAGGAACGAGUCCCCUGGGACAGUGGUGACAGGGAGUUCCCAGCUCCGGGGGCAAGCCAGGAAAGCAGAUCCAAGCUUGCUUCCCAGUCCUCGGCACAGGAUAUGCAGACAAGCAAACAGGAAAGCCGAGAUGCAGAGGCAUCCAGGACCGCCAAGACCUGCACACAAUGUAGUGAGGAGCGGGGCAGAUCAGCAAUCGGCCUCGGGAGGAGGGUAGAAGAUAGUGUCUGUUCAAAUGGCAGUGUGGAAGAAGAGGAGAUGACCUCGCCCAUGUCGGGCUCCGCUGUCUUUCGCCUGGAUCCAGACCCCACCAACGCGGAAACAGGCUGCAGCCCCACGCACCAGGAAGGGCCCAUCAGUGCAGGAAUGCAGGAUGGGCUGCAGCCCAAAUCAUCCUCACAGAAGUCUGGUCACUUUCAGGACCUGCCGGAGGACAACUGGCCCUGCCUGGGCGCUGGCAGUAAAAGCCAGGUCCCUGGAGCUUCAGAGGCAAACCUCGCAGUAGAUGCCGAAGCACUGAAGGAAACAGGAAGUCCUCCUGAUAAGGACAACGAAAGCAAUUUGGCAGGGGACAAUCUGCAGUGCACCGAGGGGGUGAGGGGGAGGUUGCCAUGUGGAGACGUUGGGACCAAGAAUCCACAGAGUGGCAGCUGUGAAGACGAUGGACUGGCCAGUUCCACAGUCCAAUGGGCACACCUUGCCGCCGGCUCUGACGGGGACCCUGGUUCCUCUGCUGAGGCUGAGGACACCCCAGAGCAGCUGAGGCAGUCCACACUCUCUGAGGGCGGUCGAGGCGAGGUGGUGGGUCAUGAAGCCAGGCCCCUGGAUGACACAGAGAAUGAGGAAGGGGUCUGGACCACCACGAACGGUCACCCUCCCGAAUACGUGGAGUUUUCCAGCGAGACCAGGGCUGGGGUGAGUGGAACGGGGGGGUCUGGGCUUUCAGAUGUCUGGGGUGGGGGGCACCACAGGGGCUGGGACGGGCCUGAAGCGGGGGCCAAGAUCAGGGACCCGAUCUUGCAGCCGGAUAAUUCCCUCUCACGAGGCCUGGGCUCUGCUGCCACCGACGCUCAUGCGCCGCCUAAUCCGGCCCCCCCAGGAGCCAUGGCAACAGCCCUUUCAUCCCUGGAGGGGCGGCGGGAUGGGGCACUGCUGGGUGAUCCGCAGCGGCAGGACUGGGAGGGUGGCAUGGUGGCCAGUGGAGAGAGGUUCCCUGAUGUGGAGCAGGAAGGGGACGAUGACUUUGGGCUCUUCAUACAGGCAGGGGAACAGCCGUCCUGGGAUGACGGAUUUGCUGAUUUCCAACAAGUGCCUUAUGGGACAUGUGAGAGCGCGGCAGACCCUGUCAGAGAGAGCGAGCCUGCCCGUUGGACAUUGGACAAGCCUUCACACCAAUCAGAGGACACUUGGACUGCUUUUUCGCUAGCGGGCAGUAUUGCACUGGACCCAGGACUGGGAGAGAGACAACAUAAGCAACCGGAUGGACAGUGGUGGCCACAGAAGGCCACUGAGGAGUGUUGUGUGAUGCGCGCACCCUUUGAUGUGUCCCAGGUGUUUCAGGAGACAUUCUCCUCUAUGCCUUCUUCCUAUCCCAACCCAACUCCAGUCCGGUCCCUGAGACAACACCUGCGGGGCCUUUCCUGUGAGGACAGCACUGUUGGAGACAGUGGGAGCUUAUUGGACGGCCUCCAGGAUGUAAACAGAAUUAUUGGUCUGAAAUACAAGUGGGCGGAGUCUCAUUCACAGAAGCUCCUCCUUCAGUCUCUGCAUGUGGAUGUGAAUAACAAGGGUCAUGUGACAAGCUCCAGAGCCAAUGACAGCCCCUCUGCGAGCCUCCCGUCGUUUAGCCAGCAUACGUCUCCCAUGGGCAACGGGAAAGCAAAGCUAUCCUACGACAUCAACAAGAACAUUUUUGCAUAGCCCAGCAACCUGUCCCGACCUUCCAGAAACCCUGCCUGCCACAAGUCCAGAUACACUACCCCCCCUCCUCAGCCUGGUCACAAUUUUCUUCACUGGAGAUGAGGACUGUGAGAUAUGGGAAAAGACAUGAGACAUUCUUUUGGAGGGAUUUCCUUCAAUGGGGCUUGGGUUUAACCCUUCUUUUCAACCGUCAAAACUGCUAUCCUAUGACGAGCUAUCCUUCGAAAGCCAUGAACAAUUCUGUUUCAGUUGCACUCAUCACUUGAACAGAAACGUGAUGACUAAGCUGCUUUUUCCACUCUGGGAGGCUGUGUUUGUUAAUUUGCUUCUUUGUCUCUCUUCCACACAAAUCCACUUACACACACACAUAAACACACACACAAAUACUGAGUCCUCCCCUGAUCAUGUGAUGUUUGGCUGAACAGAAUGCUGAAGGUGUUCGAAUCAUAUUUUUACAACAGAACUUGUGAGGAGCACAGGGUCAUGUCUGUGUAGUUAACCUGACUCGGACCCCUGUUUCAUCAUAGUAUUGAACAUAAUUAAGUCACUGUCCGUUCUCUAGCAUUUUGAAAUCAUGUGUUUUUGUGGAUUUUUCAUCACAGCAACUUGUAUCACAAGGAAAAUUGUUUGAAAUAGCUAUGUCUCCCAAUGACAACCAUUAGUUUUUAAAGAACUAGAAAGUAAAGCAAUUGAAAAAUAAUUCUGUCUUAAAAUACAGACCAUGGAUUCACAAACCCGGUCCUGGAGAGCCCCAUUGCAGCAAACUUCUUUAUGACUAAGACCAUUUAAUGACUUGCUUCAGAGAGUCACUGGUUUAAUGGACCAAUGAAAUCACUUGUCUCUAGUCUGAGGUCAUUUGCGAAGUGCUGAUAGGUGGAAAGCCUGCAGGAGCACUGCUCUCUAAGGCCAAGAUUGGGUAGCUGUGGUAUAGACCGCCUCCUCUGUAGUUUCUUUUCUGGUUUUCUGUUUUGCUACUUGUAAUCUCAAACAAAACGAAAAUGAAAAUGUCAACUACAUAUUGAAAUGAAAAAUUGAUUGUCCUUUAUACAAAAUGUGAACUCCUGUAGAAAAUGUAUAUUUUCUAAACGACAAAGGCAAAUGUCAUGUUUGAAAAUCAAGCUGUGAAUUAAUUGAUUGAUGUCAUAAAGAAAUUGUUCCAAAAAGUAAUGCGCUGUUUUCUUUGUCACACAGCGUGGCGUGUGGUGUGUGCAUAUGAUCCCAAUAACAGUGACCUAUGAUGGCUGUGCUGACUUGAAUUAGAUAAUUAUGAACAUACUCCCAGCCCACAGUCAUGUGUUAGUAUCUCGAUACUUCAUUUACAUGUAGACACAUUUUAAUUGUCGUGAAUCUACCAAUGUUCUUCAGUGAUCUCAUAAUUCAGUCAUAAAACAUUGUUAUGACUAGCA